UGCUUUGCAUUGACCAGUCUGCAGUUCCUGGCCCUGAUUGUCGGCUCGAAACAUCCGAUUCCGACACGCGACUGGCGAACCUGGGUACGCAGUCGCGUUUGCCAAACCGUCCUCUCUUAGCCCGGCGACAACGUCGCCCAUCACCACCCGGAUCCGGGCUCGGAGAGAUGAAUGCCGAACUUGGGCACCAGGUUACUCUCCCGCAUCGCUACAAAGGUUCGCCGUCGCAACGAGGAACUUGGGUACGCGCGCGGUUCUCGUGUUCCACUGUCACAGUCGCCGGUCACUACAUCGACAGUGUAGCAUCUUCGGCGCGGGCCCUGGCUAGAUGAACGAUACACGUUGCCCAGCGGCAGAACUACUUCGAGGGCGGUGGUGGCGUGCGGCCGUGCACUGUGAGACGUUGUCCGAGAUGUCCCACCCACUCGCGGCCGUCCUCGGCGACCCCAAGUUCCCAAAAGUCACCACCCUCUUCCGCAACCUGACGACCUCGCGGGAGACGUCCCAUGGUGAAAGGAUCUCCUACUUCGAGGACCUCCACAGACCCAACUCUCGAUUAGCCUUCAUGGAAAGGGCCGACCUGCUCGAGCAGCGACUUAGCACGGCUUCACGGCUUGGGGCCGUCUCGGCAUCUUGGCCGACGUCGGCAUGACGGAUGAAUCUGUGUUUUGGGUGAUGUGCUACGGUGCUGCUGAGGGCAAAUGGUAGCGGCUGAGAACAGGGAGCACUAUGUAUUGCUUGUUGCUCCGAAGUUGGGGAUGGGAAUGAGAUUUUUGAUGGGUUAUGAGAGAAUCGGGGCUGGCCGCGUGCCUGGCAGGCUUAUUGAGUUCAAGGAGCCCGGGCUGGACCUGAAGAUUCAGUACCAGGUAGGAUACCUGGCCUAGGAGCUCUUGUCGCGCGUUUCGAAUGACAGCCAUCCAUCAAU